AGAGGGUGGUAGCAUGGCGGGCGGGAGAGUCGGCACCGCGACGCGCAGACGCGGGGUAGCACCGCCUCCAACCCCGUCCGACGCGGCGACGAGAGGACGCGGCCCUCAGGUGGUAUGUGUUGCCCGUGCUCGUCGGAUCUACCAUGGACCUCAUGAUGUACACCCCAGACAAGAUGAUGACGGGGAAGUCACCUCUGCCUAUCUCGGCGCCGGGACCCUGCUUCCCAGGGAGGUACAGCCCUACGUACAGGAGUCCGGACCCUAUGCGACGCUGUAUGCCCAACCCUUCCGUGAAAUUCGAUUACGAGGCGGAAAGUUACGAGGACAAGGUGGACACAGGGCGCCACUUGCCCGUCUGGGACGGCAAAUUUGCGAGCCGGAUAUUGGAGGAUGCCUCCAUAAUGUGCAAUACAUGGUCUCCCAGACAUAAUACAAGGAUACUGGAAGAUGCCUCUAUAAUGUGCAAUUCUUGGUCACCCAGACACAACGGAGACCUAUUCAGUGGACUGAACGAUGGAUUGCUGAGUCGAGCUGAGGCGUUAGCAGCGGUAGACAUCGGCAAACACCAGCCCAACCCUGGCCCUGGCCUGCCACAGCUCAAACAUGACAUGAUGUACCACCACGGCAUGGCUCCGGGGCCUCCGAACACCAGGCCGCACCAGAUGAGCCACCACCACGGCAUGGAAGGCCUGGAGAUGCUCGAUCCCAUCUCCUCCUCCGCCAUGACCACCCUCACACCCAUGUCCGAGGGAGGGGUCGGGGCAGGAGGCCAUCCUCAGCUGCACCCUCCCUCCGUAUACCCCACCAUGAACAGUAUGAUGGGAGGCCACCACCACCACCAUCACCACCACCAUGGGAGCCCCCUAGGAGCCCAUGGACCUCCCGGACACCACCACCAUGGUCAUCAUCCGGGCAUGGUCCAACACCCCGACGCCGACACCGACCCGAGAGAACUGGAGGCGUUCGCUGAAAGAUUCAAACAGAGAAGAAUCAAGCUCGGGGUGACACAAGCAGACGUAGGCAAAGCUCUCGCCAACCUCAAGCUGCCAGGAGUAGGGGCGCUCUCACAAUCUACCAUCUGCCGCUUCGAGUCUCUCACCCUCUCACACAAUAACAUGAUCGCCCUUAAGCCCAUACUGCAGGCGUGGCUAGAGGAGGCAGAGGCACAGGCGAAGAACAAGAGAAGAGAUCCGGACGCUCCCAGUGUGCUGCCAGCGGGAGAGAAGAAGAGAAAGAGGACGUCGAUAGCAGCGCCGGAAAAAAGAUCGCUGGAAGCCUACUUCGCCGUACAGCCAAGACCUUCGGGAGAGAAGAUUGCGGCGAUAGCAGAGAAGCUGGACCUGAAGAAAAAUGUCGUGAGAGUUUGGUUCUGCAACCAGAGGCAAAAACAGAAGCGUAUGAAGUUCGCUGCUCAGCACUGACAGCUGGGGUACUCGGGGUGACCCUCUCGCAACGACACGGACACUUCCACAAGUGACGAGAAAAACUUUACAUAUCAGCCAGUGCACGGCUACCCUGUGCCGUUCAUAUAGACUAGAGACCCCAGCGAUCUCGGCCGGUGGUGUUUUUGAUUUGUUUGUAUGUCAUAUAACGCGGAAAACUGCUAAUUUGAAUUUCACGAAAAUUUUCUCAAGU